CCCGCGCCUCCAACCCCCCAACCCUCCAACCCUUUAGGCUUAACACCCCGGGGUUCAUCCUUCUACCAGAAAAAAAGAUCGCUCGACGAUCUCAGUCCCAUCCUUCGUUGUCCGGAUUUGUGUUUUCUUAGGUUGAUGAGGGGUCACUUUAACCUGUUCCUUCCUUCUUCGCAUCCGGCUGCACCCCCACGAACACAUAUCAAACCAUCUCAAUUAUUCCGCCCCCAGCAGCUACUUGGUCGCGGUGUCAUCCUCUACGCUCUGAACAACUCCACUCAUCCGCUUGACAGGCAGCCAUGACCGCGGAGCAUACAAUCACGCAGGCUCUGUUAGAGUGGAUAAACAGCUUCGCUUUGGGUAAAACCAUCCGCACAACAGAGGAGCUCUCCGAUGGGACCAUCAUCUGGGAGAUUCUACAAGAUAUCGACCCGCAGUACUUCCUCGAUGAGAUCCCCCAACGAACCCCGUCUGACCACUGGCUGUCUAAAUGGCAGAAUUUGAAACAUAUCCACAAACUGCUUGUCAACUACAUCCGCCAGCAGCCUGAUGGCAUGCCAUCCGGUCUAGAUCCGAACCCCAACCUAGAACUUGUCGCCGAGAAGAACUCCGAGAAAGAGGCCAACAAGCUUCUCAAAUUGCUAUUGAUUGGAGCCAUUCGUUCGCCCAACGCGCCGACCUAUGUCGAGACCUUGCAGACGCUAAGCACCCCAACGCAAGAGACCCUUAAGAACAUCUUCGAAGAGGCACAAAAUGGCCAGCACGAAGCCAUUGACGGCGAGGAUGACAUCAAAGAGGAGCGGGAGCCACCCGUCGAUCCAGAAUUACAGUUCGAGGAGCGUGUCGGAAAGGUACUGGCGGAGAAUAAUCGUAUGGCUCGGGAGAAAAAGGAUAUGCAGAAGCAAAUUGACGACAUGCAUGACCGAUUGGCACGCCUCCAGGAGAACAACGACACCUUGCAGAGCCGCUUGGCAUCCACUGAGGAUCGGCUUAUCAACUUGCGAUCUGGUAAAGGAGAUCUUGGACUCAAUGCCAAGGCUCUCGAGUCCAAGUCACGCCAACAAGAAGAUAUAAUUGCUACCCAAGAAGCCAGGCUAGCCACGGCACAAGAUGAAAUUGACAGUCUACGAAUGACCGUCGAAUCACUACGAGUCAAGAAUCAGCGUUUCCAAAAAUUGCAAGAUGACUAUGAUGAGCUGAAGACCGAACGAGACCAGCUAGCCCGGAAAGCGAAUGCAGCUGAGAAGUACCGCCAAAAGUUGCAAGCAAGUCAGGACUUUGAGAAGGAGAAUCAGUCCCUCAGGAAUCAAAUAAAGGAUCUCCAGCAGCAACUAAAGGAGACGGAUUCACAGCAAAAAUGGAAUUCUGAGCGCGAGGUAGAGCUUGAGGAGUACAGGAGAGUCCUGCCUCGCAUAGAGCAGGAGUGUAGUGAAAUUCAGAAUCUUAAAAAGCAAUUGGAGUUCAACAAUCAUGCACUUACUGAGCGUCUUAGCAACGCCGAAGAACAACGCGAGCGCGACGACGCCUUGAUCAGCGAGCUGAGAGAACGAGUCCGGGAGUUGGAAGGGUCUCCCGGUAGUCCAUCCUUGACGCCGGGGACAGAGACUCCGAAAUUAGAGGGAACCCUACAGAAAGACUUCGAGGCCAUCGGUGUGAAAGAAUCUCAACUUAAACCUGAAACCGAGGAUCUCAAGAAGGAGGUUGAAUCACUAAGGGGACCUUCAGCAUCUAUACUCGAAGGCUUCUCUGAAACAUUCAGUGAGACUUUACAACAGGCUCGCGCCAACUCAACGCAGAGUGAUGAGUAUUGGAAGCUGUACGAUCAGUUUACAGCGACACUCAAGAGGCUGGCAGAAGCUCAGGACUCUCUUGAUGUGACUAAGCGGUCGUUGAGUGAUACAAUGGCAGAGCUCGAACUUGCCAGCGACGAAAGAAUUGAUUUGAUGGCGGAAGUCAAAGCACACAAUGCAACAGAGUUAAGCAAAAUGCGUGAUGCAUGGGAUGACGUGACGCGCAAACUCAACAAUCUUCAAGCUGAGCUUGAUUCGACUCAUACCUUGGUGCAGGUAACCUGUGCUGAGCGCGACGACCUUCGAGGCCUUCUAGAGAAGAAGCAAGCGGAGUUCCGCGCAGAGGAUCAGGAAGCAGCAGAGGAGAUGAAGAAGUUGCUUGCUGAACUACUGGCACAGGAGGACGGCGAUGACUCCGAAACUGCACAGAAAUCCGCCGUGGAAUUGACGCGGCAAGUUGCCGCACAGAUUGAGAAGAAUCUGGAAAGACUAGCCAAGCGCGCAGAGUACAUUCAUCAACAAAACGAGCAUAUCAAGUUCCUCCAGGAGCGCAUAAGGCAGCUCGAGGAUGAUACAGAUACUGGAAUCAGCAAAGAGCGUGAGUUUGAGCUUCAGAAGACAAUUGAGGCUCAAGCUCGGGAGCUUGAGCUUAUGAGCUCCUCAUGGUAUGAUUUGCAGAGUCGACUGCAGAACAACAAUAUCACAAUGUCUAGAUACCGCCACGGAACCCUGGCUGAUGCACAAAAGGGUUGGCUGGCCAAACAGAGAAGCGUGGUCGCUGGUCGAUAG